UCGUUCUUCUAAUGCUUUUACAUUUUUAAGGCAACAAAGACAGGUUACUGUUGGUUCAAGGGCUUUUUCAAUAUUAUCAAGUUCAACUGUCAAAAAACCUGCUAUUGUUAAGCACUCUCAACCAAUUCAAAUUCGAACAUUGAAAACUCUCGACUUUAGUGGAACCAAAGAAAAUAUAUAUGAACGAUCCGAUUGGCCAAAAGAUAAAUUUCAAGCAUUUUUCAAAAAUGAUACUAUUGCUAUAAUUGGAUAUGGACCACAAGGAAGCGGACAAAGUUUGAAUGCACGUGAUAAUGGAUUAAACGUUAUCCUUGGACUCCGAGAAGGAAGGAGUUGGAACGAAGCCUUGGCGGAUGGUUGGGUUCCAGGAAAGACACUCUUUUCUAUUGACGAGGCAUUGAAUAAAGGAACAAUUAUUUUUAAUCUUUUAUCAGAUGCUGCUCAAAAAGAACUUUGGCCCCAAUUUGUACCACACCUAACAAAAGGGAAGACUUUAUAUUUCUCCCAUGGAUUUUCUAUUGUAUAUAAGGAUGAUACUCAUGUCAUACCUCCGAAGGAUAUUGAUGUAAUUAUGGGACGUGGCAUAAAUUCUUCGAUUGCAGUUUUUCAAGAUGUUACUGGUAAAGCAAAAGAUAAGGCUGUGGCUCUUGGUGUGGCCAUCGGGUCAGGUUACCUUUAUGAAACAUCUUUUGAAAGGGAAGUCUUUUCUGAUCUUGUUGGGGAACGAGGUGUGCUUAUGGGUGCCAUUCAAGGUUUAUUCCUUGCUCAAUAUGAAGUUUUACGAUCACGUGGACAUACACCUUCCGAAGCGUUUAAUGAAACUGUAGAAGAGGCAACACAAUCGUUGUAUCCAUUAAUUGGUGCAAACGGAAUGGAUUGGAUGUAUGCUGCUUGUUCAACUACUGCACAACGUGGUGCUCUCGAUUGGUAUAAACCAUUCCGUGAUGCUGCCAAACCAGUUUUUGAAAAAUUAUAUGAUUCCGUUGCUGAUGGAACUGAAGCUCGAAGAACUUUGGAAAAAAAUUCUUUACCAACAUAUCGUGAAGAAUUAGAGAAAGAAUUAAAAGAAAUUAGCGACAGUGAAAUAUGGAGUGCUGGUAAAGUUGUACGAAGUCUCCGUCCAGAAAAAAAAAUGAAAUAG